AUGGACUUAGAGGCCAUAAUGGAAGUGGACAUGACCUCUGAGGUAGAUCAGAAGAUUCCAGUCCAUGGAGGGGAGGCGGCGCGCGGUGGGCGGGGCCGUGCCGGGGCGGGGCGCGCGGGCCUCCCGAGCGAGCCGGGCGAGCGGCCGGAGAGGGGCGGGAGCUGCAGGCGCGGGGCGGAGGGAGGCGCGGGGAGGGGAGUGGAGGGGAGGGAAACCCCGGCGGGCUCGGCGCCGCCGCCCGCUGCACGGCGCGCUCUCGGGAGCCGCCUGCCCGCACGGUCCCGCAGCCUUCCGGGAGGACGCGGCGGUGAGCUCGGGUUUCCUCACCUGCCGGCGCAGGACCGGGCGCGGGGCGAGCGGCCCCGGAGGACAGAGCCGCUCCGGAGCGCCGCUGACCCUGCGCGGGCCACCGGCUCCAUGGCGACCGGGCUCGGGGACCCUGUGUACGGACUUUCGGAAGAGGAGGGAGAGUCACGUAUCCUUAGAGUGAAAGUCGUUUCUGGAAUUGAUCUCGCCAAGAAGGACAUCUUCGGAGCAAGUGAUCCAUAUGUGAAGCUUUCAUUGUACGUAGCGGAUGAAAAUAGAGAACUUGCUUUGGUGCAGACAAAAACAAUAAAAAAGACGCUGAACCCAAAAUGGAAUGAAGAGUUCUAUUUUAGAGUGAACCCAUCUAAUCACAGGCUCCUAUUUGAAGUAUUUGAUGAAAACAGAUUGUUAAGCCUACUAAGAUGAUAUGUGACUCCAGAGGUACUUGGCAGUUUCAGCAUUAAACAAACUGGCUUCCCCUUCUCUCAUGGAGAUCAUUUUUGGCAUCUAGAACACGGGACCUUAGUAAACAUGUUUGGAUGUAUGUAAACACAGGGUUAAUAUCCACACCCCUGGCUCCAGAGUUGUUGACUAAGUCAUGCUUUGCGAAUUUUAAAAUAAACUUUCUGUCACUCUUUACA